AUUAAUUAUUUGUCCCCAAGCAUGUUGCCUGUCCAGAAUUAUUACUGGUUCUUUUUUCUGGUCCUGAUAUCUUGCCCUUGCCGUGUCUAAGCAACAAUUUAACGACAUAUUGAAAACGUUGGAGUAAAUUACAACUCAACGCGGAAAUAUGCAGGCUCUUGAAGAGAGAAGAAGAGAAAAGGAAGAGUCAGAAGAGGAUGAUCGAGAUUUUGAGGAUGAGGAUAAAAUUGGAGCGUCUAAGAGAAAGUGGUGGAAAAGGGCUCUCAGCUUGUUGAUGAGAAAUGAGACUGGUGAGGGCAGUGCUCAUCAGCAGUUUGGGAGAGACAUCGUUAUGAGUGAAAGCAGAGGUACUACUUCGUUUUUGGAUCGCCUUGUCAUUCAUCCUGAUAACUGGUGGUACGUGGCGUGGACGCAUUUCAUACUGAUAUGGGCGGUGUACUCGUCGUUCUUCACUCCUCUGGAGUUCGGCUUCUUCCGUGGCCUACCGGAGGACCUCUUCCUCCUCGACAUCGCGGGCCAAUUCGCCUUUCUCGUCGACAUCUUCGUCCGCUUCUUCGUCGCCUACCGCGACUUCCACUCCCAUCGCAUGGUCUACGACCGCAACCUCAUCGCUCUAAGGUACAUGAAGUCUCGCUUCACCGUUGAUAUGCUCGGUUGUCUACCUUGGGAUGCUAUCUUCAAGGCUUCUGGGAAAAAAGAGCCGGUAAGGUACUUGUUAUGGAUUAGACUAAGUCGAGCCUGUAGAGUCACAGAGUUUUUCGAGAAAUUGGAAAAGGAUAUCCGGAUGAAUUACCUGUUUACGAGGAUUACGAAGCUUUUUGUGGUUGAACUCUACUGCACGCAUACUGCUGCAUGCCUCUUUUAUUAUCUUGCUACCACUGUGCCUCGUUCUCAAGAAGGAUACACAUGGAUAGGAAGUUUGAAGAUGGGUGACUAUAGCUAUUCAAACUUUAGAGAUAUUGAUCUGUGGAAGCGUUACAUAACCUCACUCUAUUUCUCCAUUGUUACCAUGGCGACAGUCGGCUAUGGAGAUGUACAUGCUGUGAAUGUCAGGGAAAUGAUUUUCAUAAUGGUUUAUGUUUCUCUAGACAUGAUUCUCGGUGCCUAUUUACUUGGUAACAUUGCAGCACUAGUAGUGAAAGGCUCAAACACGGAAAAGUUUAGAGAUAAGGUGACUGAGCUUAUCAAAUACAUGAACAGAAACAAACUCGACAAGAAAAUAAGUAAGAAAAUUAAAGACCAUCUACGAUUACAAUUUGAUCGCAGCUACACUGAGGCUUCUGUUCUUAAGGAUAUUCCAGUAUCUAUUCAAAACAAGGUUUCACAGAACUUAUAUGAGUCGUAUAUUAAAGAAGUUCCUCUUUUCAGAGGCUGCUCCUCUGGAUUCAUAAAACAAAUUGCAAUCAGUGUUCAUGAGGAGUUUUUCCUUCCAGGAGAAGUGAUUGUAGAACAGGGAAACGUACUAGAUCAACUUUAUGUUGUAUGCCAUGGUUUGCUGGAUGAGGUUGGAAAGGGUGAAGGUGAUGAAACAGAAGAGUUCUAUACAAAGCUGCAAACUUAUAGUUCCUUUGGCGAGGUUUCUUUUCUAUGCAACACUCCUCAGCGCUAUACUAUUGUGGUUCGUGAGCUGUGUAGAGUUUUGAGACUUGAUAAAGAAUCCUUUACAAAAAUCCUGAACAUAUACUUUUUGGAUGGGAGGAACAUCUUGAACAACCUCCUCGAGGGGAAAGACGCGAGUAUUUGUAAGAAGCUUCUGGAAUCAGACAUCACACUCUACAUUGGAAUUCAUGAACUGGAAUUGGCUACUAGGGUUAACUGUGCUGCCCAUUCUGGAGACCUUUAUCGAGUAAAGCGCUUGGUUGAAGCUGGGGCAGAUCUAAACAAAACAGAUUAUGAUGGUAGAUCUGCUUUGCAUGUUGCUGCAUCUAAAGGAUAUGGAGAUAUUACUGAAUUCCUUAUUGAAGGAGGAAUCCAUAUCAAUAUAUCAGAUAAGUUUGGAAACACUCCCUUACUGGAAGCUAUCAAGAAUGGUCAUGAUCAAGUAGUUUCAUUGCUCACUGAUGCUGGAGCUUCACUUACUAUUGAUGAUCCUGGUAGUUUUCUAUGUGAUGCUGUGGCGAGAAGGGAUGCGGACCUCCUUAUAAGGAUUUUGGACAAGGACAUUAAUCCAAACGCAAAGAAUUAUGAUCACAGAACACCACUUCACAUAGCUGCUUCAGAAGGGUUGUAUGUAAUAGCAGAACUACUAUUAGACGCAGGAGCAAGUGUUUAUGCAAAGGACAGAUGGGGACAUACACCGCUUGACGAAGUUCGUAUAGGAGGAAACAAAAAGUUGAUCAAGCUACUUGAGGUUGCAAGAUCUUCUCAGUCAUUGGAAUUCUCCAAGUCUUCUCAGGAAUUUCGAGAUGAUGCAGAAUUGAGAAACGCAUAGCAUUCUCUUCAAUUCAUUGGAUUCUAAAAGAUAAGAGGAGUUGUUCAUGAGCUCUUCAAAGCAUUCAAGCGCUAAUCAAGACAGCAGUGUAGCAACUAAAAUCGUCGAGCGGCUUUUAUCCUGAGAUGGUGGUCCGAGUCCUUAGCAUCAAUGUGAUUAAAGAAUCAACAAACAAUUAUGGUUGUUGAAGACAAAAUGGGUAGGUUUCUUUAAGUUAUAUGCGGUACUGGACUUGCUAUAAGGAGGGUGGUUAUUUAUUGCCUCCUAAUUUGGUUAUGUUCAUAACUAAACAAAUCCAUCUAAAUGCUGAGAAAUUAUUCAAUAGACCAGGUGUAUGGUGUAUCAUGUCAUUUUGCUUAUGUGCUAUACUUGACCAAUAAAAAAUUCAUAUUUUGAUGUUU